CAGUUUUCAGAUCAUCCCUAUGACAGCCCCCAAAACCAGCUGCUCUGAUUCUCUCCUCUGUAUAUUACUCUCUUUAUCUUCCUUUGACUCCAAUCCUGAAACCACUUCACCACAAACUUCUUCAACACAAACUAAACAAAACUCAAAAGUAAGAACUCGAAGAUACUGUAGUUACAAAUUCUUGUCGGAAUUCUCUUACUUGGUCGGAAAUUUCGAAUUUCUGGGUUUCAAAAUCUGGGUUUGUGGGAUUCGUGUUGAUUUAUCUACUAUUGUUUCCAAUUUUCAAAUUUUCUUCAAUUUAGGGUUCAGAGUUUGAUGGAAUCGAAUGUGAUGUUCUCUGGGUUUAGUCCAAGAAUGUUAAGCUUAGAAAUGCCGCAAAAUCCACAAAAUCCAGUUCAAUUCCAGCAUCCUCAUCCUUACACCACCUCCGGCGACCAACAAACUCAGCCGCCGAUGAAAUCCUUAUACCCAUACGCCUCAAAACCCAAACAAUUGUCACCCAUAAGCGGUGCCGGCGACGACGAAGAUCGCGGGUCGGGUUCCGGAUCCGGUUGCAACCCUGAAGACAGCGCGGGAACCGACGGGAAGAGGAAAUUGUCACAAUGGCAUAGAAUGAAAUGGACGGAUACAAUGGUUCGUCUUUUGAUCAUGGCGGUUUUCUACAUCGGCGACGAAGCUGGUUUAAACGAUCCAAUUGACCCCAAGAAAAAGACCGGCGGUGGCGGCGGAGGAGGGAUGUUGCAGAAGAAAGGGAAGUGGAAAUCUGUGUCGAGAGCUAUGGUGGAGAAAGGUUUCUCUGUGUCACCACAACAAUGUGAAGACAAGUUCAAUGAUUUGAACAAAAGGUACAAGAGAGUUAACGACAUUCUUGGUAAAGGAAUCGCUUGUCGUGUCGUAGAGAAUCAAGGAUUGUUAGAGAGUAUGGAUCAUUUGACUGUGAAGUUGAAAGAUGAAGUCAAGAAGUUGCUUAAUUCUAAGCAUCUUUUCUUUAGAGAGAUGUGUGCUUAUCAUAAUAGUUGUGGUCAUCUUGGUGGUCACGACCAACCACCGCAACAGAAUCCGAUUUCGAUUCCUAGUCAGCAGAACUGUUUUCACGCGGCUGAAGCAGGGAAAAUGGCGAGAAUUGUGGAGCGUGUGGAGGUGGAGGAGGAAGUAGAGUCUGAUAUGGCGGAGGAUUCGGAAUCGGAGAUGGAGGAAUCAGAGGAGGAGGUGGAAGAAGAUACGAGGAAGAAGCAGAGGAUAUCAACGGCGGUGAAGCGGUUGAGGGAAGAAGCGACGCGUGUAGUGGAAGAUGUUGGGAAAAGCGUGUGGGAGAAGAAAGAGUGGAUGAAGAGAAAAAUGUUGGAGAUUGAGGAGAAAAAGAUUGGGUAUGAGUGGGAAGCAGUGGAGAUGGAGAAGCAGAGGGUGAAGUGGAUGAGAUAUAGGAGCAAGAAGGAGAGAGAGAUGGAGAAGGCUAAGCUUGACAAUCAGCGACGGAGGCUUGAAACGGAGAGGAUGGUUCUGAAUUUACGGCGGACUGAGAUUGAGUUGAGUGAGUUACAGUCUUCGGGUAAACGGGUUGACCUUAGUUCCGCUAAAGGGUGAUCGUGAUUAGUGUUUCACAGUUUCAGCAUUUUAGUGGUUAGGAUUAGAAAUUUUAGAAAUUUGUAGUUUCUAAUGUGGAGGAUGCUAGGAUUCUCACGUUUUGGGACAGUAAUCAGCAAAUUAAAAUCUUUAAAGUAUGGACUAUGGAGGAAUGUCUUUAAUUGGUAAAGUAGAAGAAAAUAAACUUUGUAGACAGAAGGUCUUUAAUCAGCAAAUUGAUUAGCACGUCUA